AUCGCUGCGUUCAGUACAAGCAGCUGACUCUUUUUUUUUUUGUUGUUGCUCCUGUACAAUGUAGUCUAAAUUCAUAAUUGGCUUCUCAAUAAGAUAAGAAAAUGUGUCAUAGCACGGCGGUGUGGUUGUCAGACUGAGGGGCCGGUGAAUGGAGGUCACCGCAGACACUGAGUGAGUCUCCGCGGUGGGAGAGAGAGGGGGAGAGGGAGGACGGACCGCGGCCAGCCGCCUUCAAAAAUGGCGUCUCCGGAGGAAAAUUAGUAAAAGAUAUUAAAACGCGGCCUGUCUUCUUUUCACUUCCUAGUUCGGUAUUUAUGUUUAUUUCCUGCUCUGGUUGCGUGUUUCGCUGUGAGCCUGACUCAUCGUGGGUUUUUCUUGAGUGGCCAGAGAGCAUAAAUCAGAGGAGCAGAGCAUUUGGGGGAAAUAAAGGAGCCCUGUUUUAUGUGAUGCGUCGUUACUGACAGCUAGCAGCCGCCGCUAGCCGCCGCUCCGCCGGGAGGCUUCACCUCCAGGAGACACCGUGUGCGUCCAGACAACAAUAACACGUAUCGAGACACACACGCAGGGUUUCCUCCGCGGUGGCUGAUUGCUGCAACCAACGUGGCCCCCGUCGAUUGCGAUCUUUUCUGCUGCUAGCCUCGUAGCACAGACUAGCCUGAAGAAAGGGGAGGAGAGACGGAGAAAGGACGCAUUCAAAUCAAAUGUUUAUCAGCAAUCCGUGCUCCGCCAGCAGACACACCGCGGCCGCUUCAGCACCAUGACUGCUUCUGGAUUAAACCCGUGAGGAAAUGAUAAAUGUGAAAGGCGAAGGAAAAGGAGAAAGACUGUGUGUGUGGUUUUUUUGUUUUUUUUGGAGGUAGUUGGAUUAUAACCCCGUAGACCCCCCUCUUUUUUCAUCCAGCUUUCUCCUCCUCCUCCCCUCCAUUUCUCUUUCAAUAUGCUGUUUUCCACUCCUGAGGACUUGCUUAUGAAACCGGGGGAAACAGCCUGAAAACCGAGAACUGGAAAGACUGGGUUUGUUCCCAGUAAGCUGCGCUGCGACGGUCCUCGCUGCUUUCGUCUCCAUCGCGCACAUCGCAGCCACAUAAAUGGAUAGAAAUUACCCGGGAACAGGGUUUGGUGAUCUGGGCGCAGGAGCAGGAUGGAGUUACGAGAGAUCUGCAAAAGCAAGUCUUGUCUAUGGGAGUUCCAGAUCAUCCCACCCUGAGUCUGAGCUCCUUCACAGACAAGCCUACGCCACCCCACACCCUCUGCAGGGCUAUGCCACCAAUCACCACCCAGGGAGCUCUGGCCAAGGCGGAGCUUGGGGAGCAGCUGGACGGAGUUUGGGUCUGUCGGGGCUCUUUGACACUGGCCUCCACCAUGCCAGCCCCUCUGCUCCCGAUGCCUCCGUCAUGAAUCUGAUCUCAGCUCUGGAGUCUCGAGGUCCCCAGCCGCCACCCUCUGCCUCCUCCCUUCUUUCCCAGUUCCGCACGCCAUCAUGGCAGACAGCGAUGCACACUCCUGCUCCUCCUGAACUAUUCAUCUCUGGAGCUCUUCCUGGCUCUGGCUCCUUCCCCUCCUCUUCAGCUCUCUCAGCCUAUCAGCAUCCAGCAUCCUUCUCCAGCCGCUCUUUCCCUACAGCCUCCCUUUCCCUCCAGGACACGCCCACGUUUAGUCCCACAUCCAAUGGGCUGCUCUCCCCACAUGACCCCCUAUUACAUAUCAAGGCCCCUUCUCAGUCUAGCCUGGGUUUUGAUAGACUCCUGUCCUCGCAGGGUGCAGCAGCAGCUGCCUAUAGGGGCAGCCAGGACCCCUCGAGUGCCGCAUCAGCCCAGUCGUCCUCUGCCAGGCACCUGCAGUCACACCAGUUCAACCUGCUGUCAUCACAGCUCCAGGACCAGUCGUCCCAGCUGUACAAUGCAUCAGUCUUUUCCUCAGCCCAGGCCCAGCCUCAGAGCCAGUCCCAGUCCAAUUCGGCUCAGGAACGGGCUGUUCCCCGGCAGGACAGCGUUAUCAAGCACUACCAGCGGCCCACGCCAGCCCAGUCCCAGCUCUCAUCCUCUGCUGCCCACUCCCUUCAGCACUACCUCAGCUGUGGAGGGGCGGGGUACCAGCAGAUUGCCACCCACCACAGGCACGCUGGCCUUUCCUGCAGCCCACUGGGCGACCAGAGCCCCUCAUCUGACCACAAGCCCGCCUCUCGCACUGAGCAGUAUCGGCCAAUCAUCCAGCCGCCAUAUUCCUCCUCCUCCUCCUCCUCGUCAUCUUCCUCAGCUGGGAAAGGUACCAAAAGCAGCUCCAGCAGUGGUUAUUCUUCUGCCAGUUCAGCAUCAUCCUCAAGAACUCCCCACACACCCCCUUCUGCUUCCUCUACCUCUUCCUCCUCCUCCUCUUCUUCUGCCACCUCCGGGGCUCAUCCUUCCAACUCAAUCCCCACCUCCAGCUCCAGCGCAGCUCCAUCCAGGCAGCAGCCACCCCCUCAACCGGCUCCUCCUCCCCCUGCCCCACAGCAGCAGCAGCCCCCUGCCACCUCCACGUCAGCGCCCCAGUCUCUCCCCAAAUCCUGCCUCUCAGGCUAUGGUUCUCCCGUUCCCUCAGUGAAGACCCCCACAUCUGCUCUUACCGGUCAGACCCCACCCCAACAACAGACACAGUCAUAUUCCCCUAACCAGCCCCCUACUUCCCACCUGGGUCCGUCCUACGGAGGCUUCAGUUCACCACAAGCCCAAGACCUGAGCUCAGGUACAGGUGGGAAAGGCUAUGGGAGUCUAGGAGGGCGAAGCCAGUCAUACCCCACUGAUAUAUAUGGAGCUGACUCUGCUUAUGGAUCACUCCCAUCCUCCCUGGGUGGAGCUGGAAGCCCAUCCCUAGGCUACGGAGCCCCAGGUCACUCACCUGCCCUUUUAAGGUCAAGUGGUUCAUCGGGCAGUGGCGCAUCUGGGGGAGGAAGCAGUAGCGGCACAGGAAGUGGGAACUCUGGGUCAGGAGGAGGAGCAGGAAAUAGUAUGACUAAUGAGAGAGGUGGUAGUGGUGGAGGCUCUUAUCAUAUUCCAGACUCAAGCCCCUCUCCAUCAGGCAACUCAGGCAUCAUCCGUCCAGGGUUGCACUCCCCAGUGCCCACCUGCCCCACACAAUCUCCAGGAGGUGCAGGCUCUAAUAAAUACAUUUCCUCGGUUCUCUCCCCCACCUUCUUGGCCUCCCCACAGGGCUACCCCGACACCAGAGGCCCCAGCUCCCAAUCACAGUCCUAUCAUUCCACCUCCUCCAAAACAAAGGACACUUCCAUGCUAGGAGUGGGCUCUCAGAGAUCCCAAGAGGAAGUAGAUGACGACGAUGAGUUCUUGAUCCAGCACCUGCUGCAAGCCCAAGCAAGUCCCACACCCCAGACUGCUCAUCACCAUCCUCAACAACAAUCCCAACAGACAUCCCAACAAACACAGCCUCAGCCCCAGUCAGUGCCCCCAACCACUGAUUCAGGCAAAGGGCUGAGCUAUGACAUGGGCAAGAGCCCUGAGGAGAGGUACCACCCCCAGAGUGUCAUACGCACCCACAGUGCCACAUCCACUGGUAAUGCAGGGUCUGGAGGGUCCAUCUCAGGGCUGGAAAACCAGCUGGAGAUGUCGCUAAAGAAACAACAGCAACAACAUCAACAACAACACCACCAUCAACAGCAGCAGCAGCAACAACAGCAGCAAAGGAACGAGAGGUCUGUUGGAAGCAGCAGGAGCAGUGGAGGGAGAGGCAGCGCUGAACAAGUGCACUCUCAUCUCCAUCACCAUGACAACCUAGGCUCGGUGGUCCACUAUGGGCGGGGUGACCCAUACAGUCAACACUCCCUUGCUCCCCAACACUCCUCACACAGUCAGCAUGUGUCCUCACACUCGCAGAUACCACCCCACACCCAAAUGGACCUCCAGAAGAAGGAGCGGGCCGAAAUCCCAUAUCCUCGGAAAACUCCAGAAGUCCAGCAACAGCAUUCCCAGUCCCAAGCUGCUGGCUCCCUCAUGGACUCUCCCACUGAUCAAUCCCGUCAGCCACCACACCUGCUCCAGUCAGUGCUGUCCCACACCACCCGGAACAAACUGGAGCCUCAUCAACAGCACCACAAGAUGGAUUCUCACCAACAACAUCAACAGCAGCACCACAAAAUGGACUCUCAUCGGCAACACCAACAGCAUCACAAAAUGGAUUCCCACCAACCACAUCAGCAACACCCAAAAAUGGACUCCCACCCUCAGCAUCAACAGCACCAUAAAAUGGACUCUCAUCCCCAACAGCAGCAGCACUCUAUUAGCCAACAGCAAGCUGUGAUGGAAAGUGCUGGUGGGACACUUGGCUCCAGUAAACAUCAGGCUCAGUCUCAGUCCCAAACCACCCAGCUCCAGCUUCAGCUCCAGUCCCAGGCUUUGGAGGUGGCAGCGGCUCACUACAACCACGGCCCCCCGUCACAUCAGCACGAACAGAGCCAGGUGAAACAAGGCUCAGUGGUGUCUUCUUUGGACAUGCUGGAACGCUCCCUUUCUCAGACCUCCAGCACGGACGUGGCUGUUGCAGAGGACAGGCGUGGCGGACCAGGCAGCGGUGGAAGGAGUGGAGGUAGCAGCGAGCGCCACAGGCAGCAGCAGGAGCAGCAGCAGAGGCAGCACCCAUCCCACCAUCACACACAGCAACACUCAGCCUCUGAGCUCCACUCCUUUCUCUCCGAGCCCGAUAUCGGCUUAUCCACCCCGCCUCACAUGCACCAUCUUUCACAGCACCACCCCCAGCAGCAGCACCCCAGCUCUCAACAUCAACAAACCCACUCUCACCACCCUCACCAGCAGCCACCACACCCUCACCACAUACCCCCACCAUCCGGCUCAGCACACUCCCAGGCACAGCCUGACCAACAACAGCUCACCCCUCAGCAGAGCCAGCUGGACCAACAGCGCUCAGAGCAGCACCAGUUUGACAAUGUCAGCCCAGUGGAGAAAGCGGAUCAGAAUCAACAAAGUAACCGCUUUGUACCCCUAACUUCCAUCUGCUUUCCGGACUCCCUCCUUCAGGAUGAGGACCGCUCCUUUUUUCCAGGAAUGGAAGACAUGUUUUGUGCAGAGGACUACAAGUCAAGCUGUGCUGGAGGUGCAGGACCAGGACAGGAGGAGAUGAAUGAAAGCCACACUGGACAAGAGGGAAUGGAUUCCAUGAAAUCUGGACAGGGUGGAGGUGGAGCAGGGGGAAGUGGUGGAGGGAGCUAUGACAUAAUGGGUCACCAUGGUGGAGAUCAAGGUUAUGAACCAUACUGUCAUGGCCUGGAAGAACCCAGCAACAACACCAUGACUCUGGAUCUAGACUCCCUUAAAACCCACGAGCUCCCUUCCACUGUGAACACUGAACAGCUAGGACUGAUACAGUCCCAGGCCCCGGCUAUGGGUAUGGGUUCCAAUCCUGCUGGUCCCAACAACUCUGGAGGCAAACUAUCUGCUGGGCCUGGAGGAACCGGCCAAGGAGCUGGUUCUGGAGGCCUCCAAUCUCCAAUUUUCUGCUCCUCUCGUCCGAAGAAGCUCCUCAAGUCCAGCUCUUUCCACCUGUUAAAGGAGCGCCGGGACCCCAACACAAUGCCUAAAAAAAGUUACGCUCAAGAAUAUGAGUUUGAGGAUGAUGAGGAUAAAGCCGACCAGCCAGCGGACAUUCGGCUGAACAGCCGGAGGCUCCCAGACCUAUUGCCAGACUUGGUGUCCAGCUGCAGAAAGGGUGGAGGAGGAAGUGGCUCUCUCAGCCCCUUAAUGGGUGACAUUGACUUCUACCACUCCUCUGGUUACUCCUCUAUGGGUUCACACUCUCUUUUGCCUCAGGAGGGACCCAAGAAGAGGGGCCGAAAGCCCACUAGACCCAAGAGAGACGGUCCCCCUAGGCCAAGAGGCAGGCCUCGCAUCCGCCCAAUGCCUGAGCCCUACACUCCACGAGGAAUGAUGGGGGAGAUGGGUGGGACAACAGCGGGACCGGGAUUCAGUGUGGAGGGACGAGGUAGGGGUAGGGGCCGUGGAAGCCGAGGUAGAGGACAGAGGAGGGAGGAUAUGUACAUGGAAAUGAGCGGGAAGGAGCAGGAUCAGAUGCACCAACAUCAGCUCCAUCAGCAGCAGCCACAGCAGCUCCAUCACCAGCCCCAACAGCAGCUACACGAGCCUAUUCCUCCUCUGAAGAUCAAGUUACCGAUUGGUACCCUGUCCUCCUCCGAUGCCUUGUUGAGGACGGACUCUUUGUCUGGCACGGACCCUGCUUUGUCGGACGGCUCAGUGGGCUCAGCUCCCUCACUGGGUUUAAGUCCCGGACCCCCCUGCAGCACUGAAAGCAACAGAAGUCAGGACAAGAACAAGCAGAAAAUCCACAUGAUGAGUGAAGGAGUGGAUGAGGAGGGCCUGGAGGAAAGGGGCGAUGAGAAAGACUCUGAUUCCAAGGCCGGCUUCGUCGCUUCAUUCUUGGACUUCCUCAAGACGGGGAAGAGACCUCCAGGCUUGGACAUCUCUCCAGGAAUGGAACCUGACAAUGGUGAAACCUCACCCUGUAAAUCGGGCGGUCUGCGCCCACUGUCUCCCACACAUCCUCCUCCACCGCCGCCACCUCCAUUCGGGGACAGUGAAGGGAACGGGGGUCUGGCUCUGGGCAACUGCCCAAGCCCAAAGCGCUUGGAGGAUGAGCUGAAGAGGAACCUGGAGACCCUGCCUUCGUUCUCCUCCGAUGAGGAGGACUCAGUCGGAAAGAACCAGGACCUCCAGAAGAGCAUUUCCUCAGCCAUUUCUGCAUUGUAUGACACUCCUCAGCUGACGUCUAACCUGCAGACCCCGCUACCUCCUUCACCUCCCCAGCCUCAGCCUCAGGCUCCUGAGUCCCCCCUUACCCCAACACUGCAGCCCCCCACACUUAGCCCACAGCCUAGCAUGCAUACACCUCACCACCUGCCCCAGUCCAACGAACCUGAUAUCCUCCAGCCAGAAGAUGGAGACAUGGAUGAGAACAAAGAUGAGGAGAAUGUGGAGAAUGAGGAGGAGGAGAGGAGCACAGGAGGGGAUGAAGAGAGCGAUAUGACAGAAGAGAGAGAGCCACAGCUGGAAACCCUCAGUGCCCCCACUCUUGAUGUGUCCCUCCCUGAGAUUCCUCCAGAGCCAGAAACUCCUGAACCUUCCUCAGUCCCUCCAUCUCCCGCCUCAUCCUCCUCUCCUUCUCUCCCCCUCCCUCCCCUCUCACUCCCCUCACCCCUGCCUCCAGCAGAGGAACAACAGGAGAAUUCCCAGCCUGCAAGCCCUGUCGCUCCCACAUGCCCCUCUCCGCCACCUCCGCCACCUCCCCCACCCGCUACUCUCCCUCAGCCCGCUUCCCCUCCUCCUCCAACUUCCCCUCCUCCCCCAGCUUCAGUUCAGAAGGAGUCUCCCGUGCCAUCUCCAGAGUCCCCCGCCUCCCCCGAAGAGCCUCCAGCUCCUAAGAUCACCUCCCUGCACCUUGCCCAGAAGCAAGAAGAUGCUGCCAUUGCUGGAGAGAGUGAGGAGGACGAGAGCGAGAGUGGAGGCGAGGGCAUCUUCAGAGAAAGGGACGAGUUUGUGGUCCGGGUGGAGGACAUUCGAACUCUCAAGUUGGCCUUGCAGAUGGGCCGUGAGCCUCCUCCCAUCUGGAGGGUGCAGAAAGCGCUGCUGCAGAAGUUCAGCCCAGAGAUCAAAGAUGGACAGAGACAGUUCUGCGCCACAAGCAACUAUCUUGGCUACUUCGGAGAUGCCAAGAGGCGAUACCAGCGGAUCUAUGUCAAGUUUCUGGAGAAUGUCAAUAAGAAGGACUACGUCAGAGUCUGCUCUCGGAGACCUUGGCGCAGAGCCACACCUGCUCUCAGACGCCAGUCCCUCCCCAGAAUGGCUUCCCCUCCUGCCACCCAGGUGCCAACGAAAGUAGAGAAAGAGGAGAGAGCAACUCCGCCAGUCCAGCGUGAACAGAGGGAGAAAACCAGAACCGCAACAACAAAAGAACAACGGGAGAAAAAGGAGGUUCCAGCUGCUCUGCCCAAAGCAAAGGAGAAGGACAAAGAGAGGGAGCCUGAAAAGGAGAGGGAGAAAGAGAAGGAGAAGCGAGUGCAGCCGCAGCAGGACAAAGUGGAGAAACGUGCUACAGCGGCAGAACGAGGUAGAGCCAAGGAGGAGAAGAAAGCAGUGGAGAGGAAGGAGAAGGAAAAGGCUGAGCGCACACCCAAGUCCAAGCCAGCCAAAGUGAAGGCGGAGCCACCGCCGAAGAAGAGGAAGAGGUGGCUGAAGGAAAUACCUUCAUCAUCUGACUCAGACUCAUCGGAGGAGGCAGCUAGUGAGAAUGAAAUGCCAGUGAAAGGCGGCGUGAACAACCGUGCCAUGAGGGAGAUGUUCAGGAGCUACGUGGAGAUGCUGGUCAGCACGGCCCUGGACCCCGACAUGAUCCAAGCACUGGAGGACACUGACGAUGAGCUGUACCUCCCACCUAUGAGGAAGAUUGACAGCAUCAUCAGCGAACAGAAGAGGAGGCUGUUGAGGAGAGUCAGCAUGAGCUCUCAGCACCAGGAGUUCCUGCAUGCUUACCCCCAGAUAAUUGUAGACCCCCUGGACUCAGGAGCGGUCAGGGUGCGGCUAAGCGGGGAUGCUUACAACCGAAAGACCCUCAACAGAGUCAAAAAGACCCUGCCUAAACCACAGGACCUUAAACUGUCAGCAGAGACGUAUCGAAUCUACAGUCUCUUCCACUCCCUGCAUCACUAUAAAUACCACACCUUCUUACAGUGCAAGAAGGAGACCAACACCAUCGAGCAGGCAACAGAGGACCCGGGCCAAGAGGAAGUGGUGCAGCAGUGCAUGGCAAACCAGAGCUGGCUGGACACCCUCUUCAGCUCCUUCAUCGAGCUGCUCACGCUCAGCACCAAAGCCUGAGUCGACCACAAAGAAAGAGAGAGAGAGAGAGAGAGAGAGAAGGAGAGAAUGGAUUAAAGCAAGAGGAUUUAAAAAAAACAAAAUGAAGAUACAAAGAGAUGGAAUCCUACUGUACAGCCCCCCGACCCGCUUCAAGUCUCUUAGGUCUGAGGAUGAAUUUUUGAGGCCCUUGACGAACACAAGGAGGUCUAUUCAUGUGACCCCGGACACUGGCCUCUGUUCUUUUUUUUCUUGUUGUUGAUCACUGACUAAAGAAAUGUCUUACUUUUGUGAGUGGGGACCCCACCGGAUCAGGGGUCACUGGCGAGGUCAAGAGGGAA